AUGGCUUCUUCUUGUGUUCUGCUCUUCGUGGCAUUUAUGCUGUGUGGUGUAGAAUGUGCCUCCCACUCAAGACAUAAGCCAUCGGGAAAGGAUGAUGACGGCUGGAGCAACUGUCCCAACAUUGAUGGUUUCUUCAGCUACGAUCCCAGCUCACCAUGUGGUCCACAACACUGGCAUAAAAAGUAUCCGUUAUGUGGAGGUGACAAGCAAAGCCCUAUUAAUAUCCAGACAGGCAACACCGAGCGAGCAGACAUCAAACGUGUUUAUUACAGACGGUCGAAAACAGUAGACGGAAUAUUUGAAAACAACGGUCGGGCACCGAACUUCGUUGUCAGUGACGAUCCUAAAGCCAAUUUUCUGGUCGUCCGUAAAGGCGGUGAUGACAACAACGACAACAAUGGCGACAAUGGCGACAAUGACGACAACGGAGGUACCUUGUAUGUAUUUAAAGAACUUCAUUACCAUAUUGGAGCUAGCGAUGCAUCGUAUGGAUCGGAGCACGUUGUAAACAUGAAAGGCUACAAAGGCGAGAUACACUUGGUGCACGAAAGGGUAAAACGCGAUGAUGACGAUGAUGAUGGAAAGAAGGACAAUGAUGGAAAGAAGGACAAAGAUGGAAAGAAGGACAAAGAUGAAAAAGACGUUGUGGCUGUAGGAGUGUUCUUUAAUGUGGUGAAGAAAUGCGGAAGUUAUGCUGAUAAACUGAUAUCCCAAUAUGUAACCCAAAUUCCAAACUACUUGGACGAAACAGACGCGAAGGUACAACCAAAGCGGGUGCUGCCCAAGGAUGGGAAAUUUUACACCUACAUUGGCUCCAAGACAACGCCCGUUUGUACUCCUGAUUUCUUGUGGAUUGUGUUCAAGACUCCGACAACUGUCUGUAAGAAGAAUUUCAAAGUGUUGAAGAAUUUGGAGACAUGGGAGAAGGGCAAUCCGCCACUGAGUAAAUUUGGAAAUAAUCGCCCCAUUCAACGUUUCGAUGUGGAUGAUGUCAAAACCAAUUUUGGAAAGAGGACGUGCCGAAAUGAUGAUUAA